CUUAUCGCAUGUUGGCAGGAAGGUUGUAAUAUCAUGGCAAAUAACAGUUUCCUUGCUGCUCCAAAUAGUCAGUUUCAAGCUGCUUAUUGUUGAUACAUAGUCCUAAAAUUAAAAGAUAAUAAUUAAUUAUUUUGAAAGUUUAUUAUUAAAAAUGUUGCUGUUAAUAUUGUUAUUUAUAACAAGUUAUUUCGUUAACGCUCAAUUUAUAACAAGAAACAUUGUACCGCUAAUGGAAAGUCCAACACCAAAAAUAACUUAUCGAAAAGAUAUCGACAGAAGAAAAUAUAUUCGACAACUUCUCGGGACUGAAAAUUCAAAUAAAUUUCAAAAUCAGUCUGUCGAGUAUCCAGGAUAUGACGGAUGGUAUAAUAAUAUUGGAAAACCAGAGCUAGGAGCUAUUGACACUCCUUUGUUGCGUAGGUGGCCGGCAGCUUAUGAAGAUGGAGUUUAUAAACUUUCAGGAUCCAAACGCCCUCAACCUUUAGUAUUGAGUGAAAGUUUACUGAAAGGAGAUAUUGGAACUAAAUCACGUACUGGAAAAAACGCACUAAUGGUUUUCUUUGGACAACAUGUCGUAGAAGAAAUCUUAGAUGCUCAAAGACCAGCAUGCCCGCCAGAAUAUAUUAACAUACAAAUUCCUGAAGAACAUCGUUAUAGAAAAAAAACAGGGCAUACACAAAUGCCAGUUUUGAGAACGAGAUAUGAUGAACGAACUGGCCACUCACCCAAUAAUCCACGGCAACAACUCAAUGAAAUUACUCCUUUUUUGGACGGCGGCUUAAUUUACGGAACAACAAAAGCCUGGUCUAAUUAUCUGAGAAUGUAUUCCAAUGGAAAACUAGAUCAAAAUGGACUAUUAGCAUUUUCUCAUGGAGGAAAAUUUCCAGAAUAUAACACUAUUCGAUUACCAAUGGCCAAUCCUCCUCCUCCAGCUCGCCAUGGCUUAUAUACUAAUCGUCAUUAUACAGAAGAAGUUGAAAGAUUUUUUAAACUAGGAAAUCCUCGAGGAAAUGAGAAUCCAUUUUUACUAACAUUUGGAAUAGUUUGGUUUCGAUGGCAUAAUGUGGUGGCAAAAGAGUUGAAGAAACAAAAUCCCAACUGGUCAGGAGAAAAAAUUUAUAAUGAAGCACGUAAAUGGGUGAUUGCUUCACAACAACAAAUAGUGUUUUAUGAAUGGUUACCCCAAUGGUUGGGCAUGGAGCUUCCGAAAUACAAAAAUUAUGAUCCAACUGUUGAUCCUCAAAUAGAUCAGUUUUUUCAAUCUGCUGCUUUCCGUUUUGGACAUACUCUAGUACCAGCAGGAGUUUACUUGCGAAAUUACGGAGAGCUUGGAUGUCAAUUAAAAUUAGGAGGCCGUGCUAUUCGUACUUGUAACAAUUUCUGGAUGUCUGAAAAUGGCCUUUUUGAUAAAUUUACUAGAUUAGAAGGAACGAUUGAUGUAGAAAGGUUGCUUAUGGGCAUGGCUGUACAACUGGCUGAAGAAGAAGAUCAUAAAAUUGUUGAAGAUCUCAGGGGAAAUGUUUUUGGGCCAUUGGAAUUUUCAAGACGUGAUUUGAUGGCAUUGAAUAUCCAACGCGCUCGCGAUCAUGGAUUGCCUGAUUAUAAUACGGCUAGGAAAGCAUAUAAUUUACAAAAAGUUACUAGCGUUGAUCAUUUUAAAAAAGUUUCUCUUGAGAUAAAAUACAAGUUCUUAGAAUUAUACAAAUCUUUCGAUGAUGUUGACAUUUGGGUAGGUGGAAUUUUGGAAACAGAAGAUGGCCCUGGAGAAUUAUUUAAAACCAUUAUCGCAGAUCAAUUUGAAAGAAUAAGAAAUGGAGAUCGAUUUUGGUUUGAAAAUGAAAAUAAUGGAUUAUUUACAACAGAAGAUAUUAUAAGGAUUAAAAAUUUGAAUUUUUAUCAAAUUUUACUCAGUGUGACUGACGUAGGAGAAAAAGAUUUGCCGGCCAAUGUAUUCAAAGUUCCAGUUUCAGAAGAUGAUAUAAAUACAAAUUGCACUCGCGAGCAAAUUGUUAAGAAAGGAGAAUGUAGUGAUUUUUCUGGAAAUUCAAUACCUUGCUUUCACGCAGACCCAGUCACAUCUAGUAAAGUGGAUGAUUGUUCUGAUCCCGGAACGUAUGAUUAUUUUAGUAACAGCGAAAUAUCGUUUGUUUUAACCUUUGGAGUUAUAAUUUCCAUAUUCGGAUGUUUUUGGGGUUUUCUUUACUGGAAAUUACAUGAAACACAGAGGAAAUUUUUGAAUAAACAUGUUGAUCUUACAAAGUCGUGUUCAGACAUCGGAGUCACUGGAAAUAUGUAUACAGCAUCUGAAUGGAUCGGUCCUUCUGUACAAUGUCGUCCAGUGAUUAUUACACUGCACAAAAGUACACGUCAGAUCCAAGUUAAAAAUCAAUUGGGUCAUAUGUCGCGAGUUGUGGAUCUACAUGUUAAAAAAAUUAUGAUGUUUGUGGGUCAUCACAGUCAGUAUGUUUUGAUACGCGUCGAUCACAAUUAUGACUUGGUCCUUAAAUUUGAUUCGAUAUUUUUAAGAAGUUUCUUUGUUAAAUCAUUAGAUAAUUUUCUUAUGGAACUGAAUAUUGAACGAGAAAUAGUAUCGCGUAUUACAGCAAAAGCUGUUUUGAAGCAAGCAAUAACUAAGAGUGGACGGCAAAAAAAAGUUGAACAAUUUUUUCGGGUUGUUUUUUCUCAGGCGUUCAAUAUAGCACAUUCAGAAGAUGAACUUCUUCAAAUUGAUUCUAAAGUUGCGAAAGAAGUUAUUUAUACAGAGUUAACAAUAAUUGAAUUUGCAGAGGCUUUGAGUAUGCGACCAGAUUCGGAAUUUGUCAAAAAGAUUUUUAAUUUAGUAGAUAUGGAUAAAAAUGGCUUUAUAUCAUUUCGUGAAUUUAUUGAUAUGUUGGUUUUAUUUUUGAAAGGAACAGCAGAGGAAAAAUUAAAAUUGAUGUUUGAUAUGUAUGAUAUAAAUAGGACUGGGCAAUUAAAAAGAGAAGAUUUUGCAAAUAUGUUGAGGUCAUUCAUGGAGACAGUCAAUGCUGAUAUUUCAAAUGAUGAAUUAGAAUCAAUAGUUCAUUCAAUGAUGGAUCAAGCUCAAAUAGCAAAUAAAGAAACUAUUGAUUUAGAAGAUUUUAAAAACAUUCUUGGUGAAUUUAACGAUAAAUUUAGUUACGCCGAGUUAGAAUUUAAUGUCAACUCUAAUGGUACUAGUAAAAAAUUACAUGCUGGAAAAUCGACUAUAAGAUCAACAUUUAUUGGAGAAGUGAAACAAACUAUGGAAAGCUUGUAUGCGGAUCCAAAUGAUCUUAAAUCACGAGUUGAAGGAAAGACUUAUUUCAGUUCAAAUAACGACGCUGCAAAUAAUAUCGACAAUAAUGAAAAAAUAAUUCAACCUAAAGUAGUCUACACUGAGUGGGAUCAAUAUUGGAAUCCAAUUACAAAAUUUGUAGCUAAUAAACAACUGCAAAUUUUUUGGGUAUUUUUAUAUACAAUGAUUCUGCUUGGUAUUUUUUCUGAACGAGUUUAUUAUUAUUCGACAUUGAGAGAACAUCGAGGAUUAAGAAGAAUAACAGGAUAUGGUGUAUCAAUAACAAGAGGUGCAGCUUCAGCGAUGAUGUUUACGUAUUCGUCUAUGUUAUUAACGAUGUGUCAAAAUACAAUUACAAUUCUUCGAGAUACCGCUUUACAAUUUUAUAUUCCGUUUGAUUAUGCUUUUGAAAUGCAUAAAUACAUUGCUUGUUGGGCUUUAUUUUUUACAGCUAUUCACAUUGUGGGUCAUGGAUUCAAUUUUUAUCAUAUUGCAACCCAAACCUCAGAUGAUUUGACCUGUUUAUUCAGGAAUAAUUUCCAUGCAACUCAUGAAAUACCUAAAUUUCACUAUUGGGUGUGGUCAACGAUGACCGGCGUAACAUCAAUAGUAUUAACUAUUAUUACUGGCAUAAUAUUUGUAUGUUCCAUUCCCAUGAUAAGGCAAAAAUUAUAUAAAUAUUUUGCUCUUGGACAUACAUUGUAUCCAUUAUUUUAUAUUCUCAUGUUCUUACACGGCAGUGGUCGAUUAAUUCAAGAGCCUUUCUUUCAUUAUUUUUUUCUGUGUCCAGUUUUUAUUUUCACUAUAGAUAAAAUAUUCAGUGCAACUCGCAAAACUGUGGAAAUACCACUAUUGAAAGUUACUUUACUACCGUCAAACGUUACAUGCUUGAUAUUUCAAAAGCCUCAACAUUUUCAAUAUAAAUCUGGACAGUGGAUACGGAUUUCCUGUCCAGCAUUAAGUGCUAAUGAAUAUCAUCCUUUUACGCUUUCAUCAGCACCCCAUGAAUCAACUUUAUCAGUUCACAUUAGAUCAGUGGGCCCAUGGACCCACAAUAUUAGAAAUAAAUUAGAUCCAAACAACAAGAAAUUUAAAAUUUUACCAAAAAUACAUGUAGAUGGACCUUAUGGAGAAUCGCACCAGAAUUGGGAUAAAUAUGACAUCUCCAUAAUGGUAGCAGGUGGCAUUGGAGUCACUCCGUUUGCAUCAAUCCUGAAAGAUAUUGUUUUUAAAUCAAAUCAAAAGCUUAACUUGGGAUGCAAAAAGGUCUAUUUCAUUUGGGUUACUCAAAGUCAAAAACAAUUCGAAUGGAUGAUUGACAUUUUACGCGAUGUAGAGAAAGAUGAUGUCAAUAAUUUUAUUUCAGCACAUCUUUUCGUCACACAAUUUUAUCAGAAGUUUGACCUCAGAACAAUAUUACUGUAUAUUUGCGAGCGACACUUUCAGAAAAUUUCUAAUAAAUCUUUAUUCACUGGACUGACAGCAGUUACUCAUUUUGGACGUCCGAAUUUUGCUCAAUUUUUUUUGGCUAUUCAAAAAAUACACAAUGAUGUUAAUAAAAUUGGAGUAUUCAGUUGUGGUACUCCAACAUUAACCAGAGCGGUUGACAGUUCAUGUCAGAACCUCAACAACAGAGACGACACUUAUACAAUAUUCCAACAUUAUUAUAAAAGUUAUUAAUUAUUUACAUAGUACAAUUUUGAUUUUUUAAAAAUUAACUUUUGUACUUUUUUCAAACUGAAAUUAUAACGAUUGACAUUUAUGAUAACAGUAAUAAUUUUAAAAUAAUCUGAAAUCUUAUUAAUUAAUUUGACAACAGUAAUAUCAAUAAAUAAACAAAAAUUAUAAAAUUUUCCGAGAAGCAUUAAAGGUUAAGUGCAUAAUUUUAUCUAAUUAAAAUAUGGAUUAUAUAAAUG